AUGCCCUCCGCCCAGCCGCGUGCCGGUGGCAUACAACUGACACUGCCAAGGCGCCACGUGUUAUGGACGGGGCAGGGGCAGGAAGUCGGGGGGCCGGGCAGAGCCGGGCGGGUGGCGGGCAGGGCUGAGCGCUCCCGCUCGGCUCCGGCUGCCGCCGCCCCUGAGUCAGCCCUGCCGCUCCCCCGCCCUGCCCCAGCCGUCCCUCGGUCCGUCCGUCCGGACACAGGGAAGGAGCCACCCAUCCCACUGCAGCACCACCCUUCCAACGCUGCCAGAUGUGCCUCCAGGUUGUGCUGCGCCUGCAGCCCAUUCCAGAGAUCCUUCCCUGCCUCCGGCACUGCUGACCACCAACUCCACGGGAUCCCUGACCUGGCCCUGCGGAUCUUCCAACGGCUUGUGCCGUGGACUGCUGGAUUCCCCCCCACGCUCAGCAUGCCCUUUUCUGGUGCAGCCAGACCUUCCCAGGAAUCACUCUGGAGCUUGAGGCCAUCCUGUAGGCAUUUUUCAUCCUUUCCAAACGUGAAAAGACUGGCCAUCUGUCUGGAUCCCCCUCCCGCCAAAGCAGCACGAAAGCGGUUCUUUGGGAAAGGUGAUCUCUCCAAGGUGCUGCCUGUGCCGGGCUGCUCUCCCAGCUAG